AUGGGAGCAACUGGAGUACCCAGGGGGAAGUGGAGUACCCAGGGGGAAGUGGAGUACCCAGGGGGAAGUGGAGUACGGGGGAGCUUGAAUACCAGAGGGAACUGGAGUACCCAGGGGAGCUGGAGAACCCGGGGAAAUGGAGUACCCGGGGAAACUGGAGUGCACAGGUGUUUAUUGUUUUCAGGUGCACAGCCAUUACAAGCUGCACCAUGCACUAAGAUAAUUAAUGGUGACUCAGACGAUCCCAUCAUCAGUGUGAAGCUCGGGGACCAGGUGGCAACCACUGAUACAGAGCGGGGAAUUGGCCCUGAUAUCACCAAGUUGCAGAUCAAAGCAACGGCAAACCUAUCUUUACUGGAGACAGAACAUAAACAAAACAUCUGCCAAGAAGCCAUGUGUUCUCAAGCUGUAAACAAUGAAACUUUUGUGGGAGUAUUAUAUGACAAAGAUGUUGAUUUGAACCAGAAGCAUCCACCAAAAAAACAAGAUAAAGCUGACAAAAAACAAUUACAUUCUGCAUCAAAUCAUGAAGUACACAUCCCACAUGAGAACAUACAGAAUUUGAGAGAGACAAAAACUCCAAACACUUCUGUAUGUGACACCAAUGAACAAAUUGGAAAUGAAGGAGAAUUCAAUGAAAUACUAAGAGCUGUGUCCCUCCAAAAUACUAAUGACAAUAGCGUUGAUAAAAGCAAAGACCAAGGGAAGAAGGUUGCUGAAGACAUAGACACGUGGAAUGCUGUUGCGCAAGGCAUACACAAGAAUGCUGUUGUCAAGGGGAAGAAGGUUGCUGAAGACAUAGACAAGGGAAAUGCUGUUGCCCAAGGAAUACACAAGGGGAAUGCUGUUGUCAAAGGGAAGAAGGUUGCUGAAGACAUAGACACGGGGAAUUCUGUUGCCCAAGGCAUAGACAAAGGGAAUGCUGUUGUCAAAGGGAAGCAGGGUUUAUUUUCGGCAAUAUUAAUAGAUGGUAUUCAGUCAUGUCAUAAAGAUUCUUUUUUUCCCAAUCCCAAUCUGGAGUUCCAAAAUUUUCGAAGGAAAAAAAAGAAAAAAAAAUGAAAAUAUAAACAUAACAGUUAAUUCCCCUACAUGCAAGCGUCAAUUACAGAGACAUACAAGAUGUAAUAUCCAGGUCACGGUGAAAGGUGGAUUUUCAUUGGUUGAACUAUAUUUUAAGCCAAUCAGAGUGUAACAAAGUAAGAGUUCUUCACAUUGUGUUAAAAACAUGUGUCAUUGUCAACAAAAGGAAUAAUAAUAUAAAGUUGACAGUAAACUAUUCAGUGCAGAAGGGGAUUAAAAUAAUAAUUACAAUGAUGUUAAUUGUCAUGCCUUACCUACAUGUGUACUUAAAUGUUUGACAUUGACCUUCAUUGCCAAAUCGGAAAAUGACAGAACUGAGAAGUGAAACUGAAAGUAGACAACUUGGGUGAAAUGUCUUUAUUAUACCCCCCAAAACAAAGUUUGGGGGGGUAUACUGGAAUCGGGUUGUCCGUCUGUCCGUCCGUUUUUUUUUGUCCGGGAUUCAUCUUUGUCGUUAUUGAACAAAUCUUUUUCAAACUUUCAGAUAUUAAUGGCCAUGAUGUAAACUUGCGCCUCUGUGAAAUUGGUACGGGUCACAUGACCCUGACCAGAGUUAUCUCCCCUUGAUGUGUUAAAGUAGGCAAAAUAAGCCCUGUCCGGGAUUCAUCUUUGUUAUUAUUCAACAAAUCUUUUUCAAACUUUCAGAAAUUAAUGGCCAUGUUGUAAACUUUCGCCUCUGUGAAUUUGGUACAGGUCACAUGACCCUGACUGGAGUUAUCUCCCCUUGAUGUGUUAAAGUAGGCAAAAUAAGCCCUGUCCGGGAUUCAUCUUUGUUAUUAUUCAACAAAUCUUUAUCAAACUUUCAGAAAUUAAUGGCCAUGUUGUAAACUUUCGCCUCUGUGAAUUUGGUACAGGUCACAUGACCCUGACUGGAGUUAUCUCCCCUUGUAGGCAAAAUUAGCUUUGUCCGGCCUAACUCCAGGGCAAACAACCUAGACAUGGAGGGGUGGGGGGUAUUCGUUAGCCUAUGGCUUACAGUUCUAGUUAAUUACAUUAUUAUUAUUUAUUUAUUUUUUGAUGAAUGCCAAAAGGACAUGUGGAUGAAUUAUUACAAAAAUUCAUUCAUUUGCAAGUUUGACUAUUUUGAAAUUGGAAGAGAAAGGAAAAAUAUUGAUUUAUUCAUCCCAUUCUCUCUAUGGCACUGAAAGUUUUAAUAGACAACAGUUUUUGUAUCCAAUUUAAGAGAAAGAUAAGCCAAUUAUAAAAUUGACUCUGAAAAAUAAUUUUCUAUGAAGUAUUUGGUUAUGCAAGUGAGUGCUUUUAUUAUGCAAUAUUACAUUGUCUCAUAGAAAUAUAAAUAAAGUGUUUGAAAAAAGGGUAAACAAAGUGAACUGGACGUGGCACGUCCCCCAAAUCACUUCAUGAGGAUAAUGAAAAUCCUGUGGUAUGUGACCCAAAUCCCCUGAUAUUCUAAACAAAAUCCCCCCUUGGGAGCCUUUAAAAAAUAUGGCAGCCUGUCUUUGGUGGUUGUCUCGUCUACGUUAUUUUAACACUUUUUAGUUCAUUUUAUUUAAAUAACACAGGGCUGUUACUUUCCCUUGUAUGGACAGAUUUUAAAAUCACUUGCUACAUGUGUUCCACAUACGAAGACGACGUGUCGUGUGCAAGACCCAUGCCAUUACCUCUAAGGUGAAAGAUGCACUAAGUGUUUAUUCACAAGGGAAUUCUGAAUAUAAGGACAUACCAGUGUAGGUUGUCAAGUAUGGGUGGUAUUUUCUUAUGUUCUGAGGCAAUUUAACAUAACUUGACAUAUGUGUUUGACACGUAAAGGUAAGAUCAACUUUUCAUGUACUGACCUUGUUCUUAGGUCAAUGUCACAUUCGGGGGCAUUCGUCACAUACUGUGACAGCUCUUGU